GUGAACCACUGAACCCACGCCAAAGCAGAGCAACCACCUCUCUCUCUCUCUCCCACCAGGGAGGCAGGGACCGGUCUCCACAGUCCACACACACACAGAGGAACCAAGUCACGAAGACGAAGAGACAAGGGAGCGGUUGCCCGGCGCUGGUUUCCCUUUCCCCGAUUCCCAGUUAAGCGCAGCGAUUUGGCGUCUGAUGAUUGCGCAAUCGAGCAGCGGCGCGGGGAGGCAACAGGACGCACCGAAAAGGGGGCGCCUUUACAGGACACGGGCCUCGCCUUUCCCUUGAAUCUCGCCGCGCCGCGCCUCCUUUCGUUUUCCCGCCCGUCGCGACCUUUGCAACUGCAACCACAGCGAGCGAGCCACGGAGGGGGCAGAGCGGAGCCAGAGGUCUCUGACGCGGCGCAGGAUCGCGGCGGCGGAGGGGAGCAAGCAGAGGAGGCCAAGAGGUCCGAGGGCCUCGCCGAAGCGCGUGCGGCGUAGUCCGCCUCUGUCCGUCCGGGUCCGGCAACGGCGGCGAGAUGGAGGCGGCCGCCGACCUGCUGGAGUACGAGCUGCAGAGGGAGAUCUCCGGCAUCUUGAUUCAGAACUACGUCUGCGGUUUGCGCCAGGAGUAUGAGAUGAAGUUGUGGGAGCACCGGAACUGCAUCAGCGCUCUGAACAGGAACUGGGCGGAAAAGGUUUCUGAGAUCACGGCGCUGCGAGACGAGCUUCGCGAUGUUCUCUGUACUUCUGAACCUGCUACUCAUCAUCACCAUCACCGCUCCCACGGGAGUCUAGAAGACGAGACGAUCAUUGCGAAGACGGAAGGUGACAGUGAGCCUCCGGUAACAGAGAAAUCUUCUGAGUCUACGCUCGAGAUCCCAGAUUUUUCCCUCCUGAAGCACAUGCACGGCGAAGAAAUCACGAGUUUUCUCAGGACAGAAUGGCUAAAGCUGCGAAGGCAGCACGAGUCCGAGCUUCACGAGAAGACAGAGGAGCUGUUCAGGGUGAAAAGGGAACACGCAAAGGAGAAAGCUUCGUUGCCUCUUAAGAAAGAGCGGGAGCUUGAGCUCCACAGGUCGAAGCUGCUACAGACCAUCGCUAGGCUGGGCGAGAUAGCCUCCAGGAAAGAGGAAUCUUGCUCUGACUGCAACGAGGAUGAGGAGAUGUGCAGAUUGAAGGACAGGAUCGGCGUGCUACUACAAGAAAACAAUCGUCUCCGAGGCUUGCUGGCUGAUAAGAAGCAGGAGGUUAAACAUCUCUCUUUGCAAGUGUCAGAUUCAAGGAGCAAAAUAGCCCAGUACUCACUGCCAGAGUCAAAACUGUCGAAUAAUUGUGAGAAGCUUAGGGCUGAACUUGAAGAUUUUAAGAUAGAGAGGCACUUGAACGAUUUAUUGGACUCAUCUGUAUUCAGGGAAGUUUGUCACAAUUAUGAGGAUCAGAUAUGUGAUUUGAAUCAGGAGGGAUCCUUCCUCAGAGACCUGCUUGAUGAAAAAGAAGACCAGCUAAGUAUCAUGUACGAAGAUAGACAGAAGCUCAAGCAUGAAAACGAUCAACUCGUAUCGAUUGCAGGGUCAAUUAUACAGCAUCAUGACCAAGCCAACUUGGUUCAUGACGAGCUUAUGAUAUAUAAGGAGAAAUUGUGCGAGCAAGAACUUUUGAUAUUGGAGUCAAAGGGCGAAUAUAACUCCAUGAAAAGGUGCCUGUAUGAGGCUAUGCAGCAAAUCCAGGUAUGCAAGCAAGAAAUUCUAGGCCUGACUGAGAAUUUAACUUCUAUGUCUAUUGCUUUGGAGAAAGCCAAGGAACAGAAUGCCUCACUUGACGCCACAAUCCGAGAGAUGAAGAAAACACCAGGGCAAAGCAUUGGCAGUCAUUGGGGGCAAACUGGGGAAUUUGAUCUUACCAGUAUGGAGAAGUUAUCAAAGACAUGUAGUGACUUCGAAAGCAGAUUAGUAGAAACAAUGAAAAGAAAUGAAACCAGGUUGACUAGUAUAGUUUGUCAGUUUAGCCCACUGGUGCAGCAAGUUGCUCUCUUAAGGAAAAAAGAAUUCUGGUAUAAGCAAAUACUCGAGAUUAAAUGCUCAAAUCUUUGGAAAGCAGAAGCCGAGGUUGAUGUACUUGGUGAUGAGGUUGACACCCUUCUAAGUGUGCUGGGAAAAAUUUAUAUUGCACUCGACCAUUAUUCGCCAGUUUUGAAGCAUUACCCUGGGGUAAGGUUACAGAGAUUUUGAUGCUUGUGCAGAAGGUGUUGAAAGGAGAAAGCGUUUAACACCGAACCACUAUGUGAAAAUCUUGACAGAUUUCAUGUCCAUAUUACAAACAGUAGCGCAAGACCCUAAGAAGAGUUAGGGCAAUGUGCUGUGGGAGAAUAUUUACACGUACUUACUGCAAAGGAGCUUCCUAGAUUAGAUUUUUUUUUUUACGAACAGUCGAAGUACUGAAGUAGCCAUGGGUCCAAUUAAAUGGUGUAGAGUAACCGGUUUUCAGCUUGCUAGCUAGCUUUAUUUGUAUUACCUCCGUUCUCGAAUAUUUGUCGCUGGCUAGCUCAUUUUUAAACUAAAACACGACAAAUAAAAAAGAACAGAGGUAGUAUUAGUGUGCAGUUAUAGUUGAAUUCAGACUAGGAAUUCAAAAGGUUGGUUUAACGAUGGUAGCUUUACAGUAUUAGUGUUUGGGUAGUAUAAAUGUGUAUGUAACGGUUGUAGGUUUAGGUUGGAUGAUGCUCUGGUGAUUAUUAUUUCAAGGAGCAUAGCUUCUUGUAGUCAUAUGGAGUAUUGUAUGCUUGCAGUGGGUAGGGAAGAUGGACUUGUAACAGCUGCGUCCCAUUCGUUGCAGUUAAAAUAUACAUGCAGAUUCUUUGUGUUGACAGGAGGUAUUGAAAUGAACAUGCUUGACUGAUA